AGGAAGAAGAAGAGGGAGAAGUGGAAGAAGAAGAGGAGGAAGAAGAAGAGGUGCAGAUGGAGGAAGAGGAACAGAUGAGACCGCUCCUCACAGCGGGGAACGGUGAGGAGGCGGUGCUGGACCAGGGAAAGACGAGCUCCACCCUCCACACCAACUUUGAGAGAGAAGAGCUGGAGAGCCACCGGGCGGUGUACGUCGGGGUCCACGUGCCUCUGGGCCGACAGAGCCGCAGGCGCCACCGCCACCGAGGACACAGACACCACCGGAAACGGCGUGAACCGGAGGACGGACGGGACUCGCCCACAAACGACACGCCCUCUCAGAGAGUCCAGUUCCUGCUCGGGACGGAGGACGACGACGAGGAGCACAUUCCACACGACCUGUUCACCGAGCUGGACGAGCUCGCCUUCAGGGACGGAGAGGUCCAGGAGUGGAAGGAGACGGCUCGGUGGUUGAAGUUUGAGGAGGACGUGGAAGAUGGCGGUGAGCGUUGGAGCAAACCCUACGUGGCGACGCUCACGCUGCACAGUCUGUUCGAGCUGCGGUCUUGCAUCAUCAACGGCACCGUGCUGCUCGACAUGAGGGCGAACACCAUCGAGGAGAUCGCAGACAUGGUGAUCGACAGCAUGCUGGCGUCCGGUCAGCUGGAGGACGGCGUUCGGGAGAAGGUGAAGGAAGCCGUGCUGAGACGCCACCACCACCAGAAUGAGAAGAAGCUGAGCAACCGGAUCCCACUGGUUCGAUCCUUCGCCGACAUCGGCAAGAAACACUCGGACCCCCAUCUACUGGAACGUCCCGAUCUGCUGGCGUCUCAUUCGGCGCCGGGAAACCUGGACCAAAGCAAAACCGAUGGAGGAAGCCGGGAAAACAGCACGUCGGGCUUCACCAAGGUCGAUACGAGUUUCAUGAGGAAGAUUCCUCCCGGCGCCGAGGCCUCUAACGUCCUCGUGGGCGAAGUCGACUUCCUGCAGCGCCCGAUCAUUGCGUUUGUCCGCUUGUCUCCGGCGGUGCUGCUGACCAGCCUCACCGAGGUCCCGGUGCCAACCAGGUUUCUCUUCCUGCUGCUCGGCCCGUUUGGAAAAGGUCCGCAGUACCACGAGAUCGGACGCUCCAUCGCCACGCUGAUGACGGACGAGAUUUUCCACGACGUCGCCUACAAAGCCAAGGACAGGAACGACCUGCUGUCAGGCAUCGACGAGUUCCUGGACCAGGUGACCGUGCUGCCGCCUGGCGAAUGGGACCCGAGCAUCCGCAUCGACCCCCCCAAGAGUGUCCCGUCUCAGGAGAAGAGGAAGAUGCCGAUGCUUCCGAAUGGCUCCGCCCACAGCUCUGACACAGCGAAGGAGGCGGAGCAUCAGAGUGGACCAGAGCUGCAGAGGACGGGGAGGGUCUUCGGUGGUCUGGUGAACGACCUCCGGAGGAAAGCUCCGUUCCUGUGGAGCGACGCCCGGGACGCCCUCAGCCUGCAGUGUGUGGCGUCCGUGCUCUUCCUCUACUGCGCCUGCAUGUCGCCCGUCAUCACGUUCGGAGGUUUGCUGGGCGAAGCCACCGGAGGACAGAUAAGUGCUAUCGAGUCCCUGUUCGGGGCGUCUCUGACGGGCGUGGCCUACUCUCUGUUUGCUGGUCAGCCUCUCACCAUCCUGGGAAGCACUGGUCCAGUUCUGGUCUUUGAGAAGAUCCUCUUCAAGUUCUGCAGUGACUACGACCUGUCCUACCUGUCCCUGAGGACCAGCAUCGGCCUGUGGACGGCCUUCCUGUGCCUGCUGCUGGUCGCCACCGACGCCAGCGCUCUGGUCCGUUACAUCACUCGCUUCACCGAGGAGGCGUUCGCUUCCCUCAUCUGCAUCAUCUUCAUCUACGAGGCUCUGGAGAAGCUGUUCCACCUGGCGCACGAGUUCCCUGUCAACAUGGACCUGCAGCUGGACAACCUCAGCCUCUACACGUGUCGUUGUUCUCGACCCGUCAACGUCUCUGCUGACGUCCAGAAGGUCUGGAGCCGCGAGAACUUCAGCUCCGAGAACGUCCAGUGGGAGGAGCUGAGCGUGAAGGCCUGUGUGGGUUUCCACGGCGACUUCGUCGGCUCGGGCUGCGGUCGUCACGGUCCCUUCGUCCCCGACGUCCUCUUCUGGUCCAUCAUCCUCUUCUUCACCACCUUCCUCCUCUCGUCUUUCCUCAAGCAGUUCAAGACCGAGACGUACUUCCCCACCAAGGUUCGAUCGACCAUCAGCGACUUUGCCGUCUUCCUGACCAUCACGAUCAUGGUGCUGGUGGAUUAUCUGGUUGGAAUUCCUUCGCCGAAGCUCAACGUGCCCGACCGCUUCGAGCCCACGUCGGCCGCUCGCGGCUGGCUGAUCUCGCCGCUGGGACCGAACCCCCGGUGGACGCUCCUGGCUGCCGCCGUGCCCGCCCUGCUCUGCACCAUCCUCAUCUUCAUGGACCAGCAGAUCACCGCCGUCAUCGUUAACAGGAAGGAGAACAAGCUGAAGAAAGGCUGUGGCUAUCACCUGGACCUGAUGGUGGUGGCGGUGAUGCUGGGCGUGUGCUCCGUCAUGGGCCUGCCGUGGUUCGUGGCGGCGACCGUGCUCUCCAUCUCUCACGUCAACAGCCUGAAGCUGGAGUCGGCGUGCGCGGCGCCCGGCGAGCAGCCCAAGUUCCUCGGCAUCCGAGAGCAGAGAGUCACCGGCUUCAUGAUCUUUGUCCUGAUGGGCUGCUCCGUCUUCAUGACCUCCGCCCUCAAGCUCAUCCCGAUGCCGGUGCUGUACGGCGUCUUCCUCUACAUGGGCGUGUCCUCGCUCAAAGGCAUCCAGCUGUUCGACCGGAUCAAGCUGUUCGGCAUGCCGGCCAAACACCAGCCGGACCUGAUCUACCUGCGCUACGUGCCGCUGUGGAAGGUCCACGUCUUCACCGCGGUGCAGCUGUCCUGCCUCAUCGUGCUCUGGACCAUCAAGGCCUCGGCCGCCGCCGUCAUCUUCCCCAUGAUGGUUCUGGCGCUGGUGUUCAUCAGGAAGCUUCUGGAUUUCUUCUUCACCAAGAGAGAGCUGAGCUGGCUGGACGACCUGAUCCCAGAGAGCAAGAAGAAGAGGAUGGACGACAAGAAGAAGAAGGAGAAGGAGGAGGCUCAGCGGCGGCUGGAGGAGGCGGACCACGACCUCCCGUACCACACAGAUGAUCUAAAGUUCAAAAACCUUAAAGGACGAGUGGACCCGUCAGAGGUGAACAUCUCCCAUGAAAUGGCCAAAAGCGGCAUUUGGAAAUCAGUUUCCAUGAACUCCGACAGCAAAGGUCUGAAACGCUGCCACAGUCUGGAGAAGUUUCCGAGCGUCCAGAUAAACGUGGAGAACGAGGACGGACGACGAGUUGUGGACGCAGAGACGUCCCUAUGAUCACCUGACGCCCUGCACCACCAGGUGGCGCCACCGAUCGGGAGUGGCUGCCGUUAAUAAUGGGACUCAUCUGACUUCUCUUAGCCGAGGUGAAAGGUCACUAGAGGACCAAUCAGGCUCCUCCUCCUCUUAUCCGGUGAUUUCUCUGACGAAAGUGAACAUUUUAUUUUCUCAUCGUUUUAUGGUGAAUCCUGGAGACUCCGCCCCCUGGGAGCAAAUCCACCACAUAUGGAAAUGACCUCAUGUUCCUUGGGUGGUUCACUGCUGCGCUGUCAUUGGCUGCUGGAGCUUGGACCUGAUUGGAUGCUGAUUUUUUUUCCAGACUCAUGAAAACAGCUGAAGUUAAUUUUUAUGAUGUAAGUUCUGUGUUUGUGCUUUAAUGAAGCAGCUCCACCUCCACCACUCCGUCAUUAAAUCAUCAUGGUUUAAACUGUGUGUGUGUGUGUGUGUGUGUGUG